CUUUUAUCGAUGAUGAGGAGAAGCAUGCGGUGCGGAUUAUGUAUAAGCGGUUCACAUAUUAUCUAGAAGCUUGACCUAAUAUCAACAUCCGUGUUUGGCAUUUCAAAUUUAAAAAGGAUCAGGUUUUUGUCCAGGCCCCAGGGUAUUAGAAGAAAGAGGAGGGAAAAUUGGCAUUGAAAACCUAAAGGCCAUAAAAUGGGAAGGCUACGAAUGAAACCUGACUAUGAACAACUGCGAAAAGCUCAAAUCAUGAAAAACCAGGCUAGAUUGGCCAGUCUUGGACUUCAUCAAAUCAUGGGAGACCUUCAAACUAAAUCAAAAUUUUUGAAGAAGACAAAUACUGACAAAUUGAACUACUUCUCCGCCCCUUUGAGCCGUCCUAAUCGAUUGCAAAACAACUCUGCAGCACCAGCAAAAAAUGGAGAUGUUGAAGAUGAUAUUAGGGAGAAACCCGCUAAUGUACCCUUGUUGAGCUUGAAAGAUGGCCCUACGGUGAACCUAUCACCGGAAGCUUUAUCUCAGCGUUGCACCAGGUUGAAGGUGGCUGUUGCCUGUCACGUCUGCAGGGAAAAGAAAUUUUGUGGUGAAAAAGAGUGUAAACGGUGUGGUGAAUUAGACAUGGAUCAACCUUGCUUAGGCAUGACUGAUUGUUCAAUUUGUCAUUCUAGCAAUGGUGUUCUUUGCCGAGGUUGUCUUAAGAAUCGAUAUGGUGAAGAAAUGGAGGAUGUGAGAUCAAAUAAAGAAUGGAUAUGUCCUCAUUGUACUGAAGAAAAAGGCAUCAAUCCAUAUUGGAUAUGUAGCAGAUACGAAGUGGUUAUAUAAAACAGGACUAAACGCUUGUGUACUCAUGGUGCCGAGAGAAGCGAAAGCUGGCUCCAACUGGGAUUACCAUAUUCAGAGGUUUUGUAUGCACUAAUUUACUUGAGGUUUUGUUUGCUCAUGUCUCUUGUUAUGUAGUGCGUGUGCACUGAGAUCUUUUCUAAUUUCUUAUCUUUUUGUUUUCCUUUUUCUCUCCUCGUUGGAGCUUUGACAAAACAGCUAGAAAGAUGGGAUACAAAUCAGUAGCACAUAUGUUAAUGAAUAGGCUUCAGGGAGCUGUUAAGGGUAGAUGAUAAACUAUUUUUGGUGCAUUGUAAACUUCUUGUUGGAUUUGAAGAGCUAGAUAGGCAGUAGAAUUAGUUUCAGAAGGUAAAGAUGAAUGUUGUGGAGACCAAUCAUUUUCGAAUUCGCGUUGCAGCUUUUCUUUUGAA